AUGUCAGAGAGUGGCUGUGAUAUGUUUCUGGCCAGGAGGGUCCUGGGUCUAUUUAUUCUCCUCUGUGUAGCAGAGCUGCAUAACAACACAACAGCCACUAAUAGUCUGAUCACACAGCCAGAGAAUCUAAACAACCCUAGUGACCAGCCAGACGGACAGGAGGGAGGGAGGAAGAGACUGAGGGAAGAGAGAUAUAAUAAGAGAGAUGGGGAGAUGAAACUACUUGAGAGUGUAAAUAUUCGCCUAGUGCUGCAAUUCUUCAUACGUGACUAUUAGAAUGUUUGAUUUAAGAGGCCUGUCUUCCUGUUUUUCAUUCCGAGGCUACAGAAGACACUGGUCGUGUUCCAGGCAGACUAUACAAUGCAGUCGCCUGCUAGAUGUCAUAUCAUAACUCCAUUUGUAGCUGCAUGCAGCUCGACUGCGUUUGCACCAGGCCCAGCUGAAUAGAACAUGGUGGAUGGAUGAAGCAAGCAAGGCCUGUGUGUGUUUCUCACAGAGCUGCAAUACUCUAGCUCAGCGGAGGCGGAGGGUCAUAUUUACUGUAUACACAGUACCAGAUAUCAUCAUCAUCAUCAUCAUCAUAUUAGCCUUCAACCAUAUGUUGAUUUAAGCUGAUAAGUCACCGGCUAUAGUUGAGGGUUGUGUACUAGCGGUAUGGGUUUGCCCCUACAACAGGGGGAGAGAGAGGAGGGUAGGGGAAUCGUGGGUUUAUGGGUUUGCCGCUACAGAGAGAGGGAGAGAGGGAGAAAUAGUGGGCCUAGAUGAGGGAUAAAGGAAUAGGGGAGGGGAAGAAAAUACAGAGGGUUCCUCAGAGUGGGAGUAAAAAUAAGUUCUCAUUGCUGAUUUCCCACGGAUGCUGGGUCCCAUGACUUUGUCAGAGAGUGGGAUUGUGUUUUUUUCCCCCCCUCAGCAUUCUGUUUAGUUUGGUGUGUUUUCCCUAAAGUGGUGUGACCAGUGGUUGGAGACAAGAAGUGUUUCAACUCUGGGAACCAAUGAGAGAGGAGCUGGACCAUAGUCACCAUGUGCGUCUACUGUCCUCCUCUCUCCCAGAUGUGUGUCUGUACAGUAUGUCCUGCUGUGUGUGUGUGUGUGUGUGUGUGUGUGUGUGUGUGUGUGUGUGUGUGUGUCGGUUCUGCUGCAUUAGCUCCAGCCCUGGUUCUGGCAACGCUGUUGAACUGAGACAGUCUGGCACAGUGCUUGGCUGCUGUUAAACUUCAUAAUGACCCAAGUUGUCCUCACUUCAGACACCCUUGGUGCACAUAGUCGAUCUUUGGAAUUGAAUCUCUUUAAUUCAUCAACUCUUUAAUUUCAGACUUGAUCCAGCAGGAGUGCGAGUGAGAGGUGUAAGGGAGGAAUAUUGAAUGACAGAAUAUUACAAAAGGAGGUGUAGUGUAACCAAAGGAAGAUAAGAGGACACUACAUAAGCCUGCAUAUCAGACUCAUACUGACAGAUGUGAAGAAAUAGUGGCCUGACUCUUGACAACGUUGUUUGUUUGUUUGUUUGUUUGUUGAUGCAUUGCCAAGGUUAUAUUCGCUCUACAGUCCCUUGACAACAGUGCAAUUUACAGCCGGGCCAUAAAGGCUGAAUUUGAAUUAGUCCUAGAGAGCAGACCUGGGUUCAAAUACUAUUUGAAAUCUUUCAAAUACUUUUGAGUGUUUGCUUUAACCUGCCUGGAGUACCGGAUGGUUGGAGUUUUGACUUCUAUUGGUUCCAUUGCACCAGACUAGCGCAAUCAAGCACAGCUAAAGUAUUUGAAAUGAUUUCAAAUAGUAAUUGAACCCAUGUCUCUCUAGCGGCCAUGAGGUCCUGACUGAGAGAUGUGGGAGAGGAAAGAGUUAAACUAGGACCAAUGGAUACUGGUGGUCAGAGAUCCCUGCCCCCUCUCUGUUCAGCACAAAUAUGCUACAUCAGCAUGACCGUGCACAAUGUACAGCCCCAAUGUAUGCCGAUGAAGCGUUGAGCAAUCUGACAACAUACACUUGACAUUGAUUUAACUAACGCUAAAGUCAAGGCAAGUCUAUCUAAUGAUUGUUUUCUCUUUCUCUUUCCUUCAUUCUCUGUUCAUUCUCAUGCCCAGCGGUGCCCAUGUGAGUGAGAGAGGGAGAGUGAAAGAUGGAGAGAGUGAAAGGGAGCGAGAAUGAGUGUGUGAGAGACCGAGAGCGACAGACAAAGAGAAACUCACACCGUCUGGAAAACAUUACUCAGAUUCCAGCAGGCGGGGGCUCUAAUUAUGUUGGCAGUGCCGAGAGUGAUUCCUGAGCGUAGUUCUGUAGCAUAUAUUGGAGAUUACAGACCACUAAAGAAAGAGCAUGUUUUGAAAAGUGAAGGUGCGGUGAAGUUCUCGUUUCUAACUGUCUCACUCCUCUGUCAUAUGCCACUACUGCCAGCUGAGCAGUAGGCUUGUCCAAUAGAGGGGCUGUAGAGUGCUGUGUCAGCAGGAGCAACAGGCAGGGGGAGGGCUGCAAGGCUCCAGACGACAUGGCUGCAGACUACAGGGUGAACAUGGCCAUGGCUUUACCUGAGCUGUAUUAGGGGCUGGCCUGGGGAACGCUGGGACCUGUCUGCAGGGUGGGGCAGGAACAAGAGAGCCUCCAACCCCCAACAUCCUCACCUGGGUCCUGUUCAAUAGGCAUGAAACGGACAAAAACGGACUGAAACAGAGAGGGAAUACCUGGCUUUUCACACUACUGAGCCGAAAUGGACAGAAAUAAAUCAAGCUGUACUGAGCUGGCCUGGUUAAACAUCCACUAGAACUGUGUUGAAAAGGACAAUGUGAAAAGGGUACAUGUGGCUUGGCUGUCUGCUGCAGCCACCAGGCACCACUACUUCCACAGACAGGAAACACUGACUCCUGCUAAUGAUUAUUAUAAAGUUGGGAUUUCCUGGGCUUUGUAGUACACAGCCAUCAUACCCCUUAACUCUGGGGCUCACCACCACUGUCAUGAUUUCGGUGUUUCUGCAGUUCUCAUUUUAUUUGCCCUCUUUCACUCUUUGGGACAGACUUCUGGACACAGAUUAAGCCUAAUGAGCGUCAUGUUUGUUGUCCAUGAUUAGGCUUAAUCUAUGUAAACCGGCCCUUUGUUUAAUCAGAGCUUGUUAAAGGGAUAUUACAAAUAUAGAUGGUUUCCUUACCUUAAAAACUGCAAUCCACAAUGAUCUUGUUAUUCCACACUGAUAGGUUUCUUUACCUAUAAAAAAAAGUUAUGUGAUGUUGCUGAACUAUCCCUAAAGCUGCAAUAUGUAACUUUUUGGGGGACCAGACCAAAUUCACAUAGAAAUGUGUUAUAGAUCUGUCAUUGUUAUUGAAAGCAAGUCUAAGAUGCGGUAAAUCUGUUCUAUGUUCGCUAUUUCUAUGCUUCCUGUUCUUAAGUUUAGGUUUUGUACACCAGCUGAAAAUACAAUAUUUUUGCUUAUGGAACAUUUUAUUUCACAGCGGUGUAGAUGGUAUAAUGAUUCUCUACACCAGGGUUUCCCAAACUCAGUCCUGGGGCCCCCCCGGUGCACGUUUAGGUUUUUGCCCUAGCACUACACAUCGGAUUCAAAUAAUCAAAGCUUGAUGAUGAUGAGUUGGUUAUUUGAAUCAGCUGUGUGGUGCUAGGGAAAAAAACAAAGCGUUCACCCAGGAGGGGCCCAGGACCGAGUUUGGGAAACCCUGCUUUACACUAUACGUGCUUGUUUUUUCACGUAAACUGAAAUUAAGUGAACAAUUUAGAAUUUUAGCAACCAGGAAAUGGCGGUGCGAUUUCUGCAUAGUGCAUCUUAAAAUGUUCAAGCUAAUAUUAUUGUGUGCUUAUUUCUUUGAUUCACAGUAAAGUGGCUAGUGUUGUGUUCAGUCUCUGACUGCCAGACAGCUCUGGACAAAUGAUGUACAGUGUCCCAAAUGGCACCCUAUUCCCUACAUAGAGCACUACUUUUGACCAGAGACAUAUGGAAUAGGAUGGCAUUUGGAACGCAGCCAUGGUCAUAAUAAUAGUUCUAUCAGAGUAACGUUAAUGAUGGAAUCCUACUUAGUGACUUCUCAGCUCAGCAACAUUAAUCAUGGCAGUAGUGGACUGUUCCACUCCCUGCCUGCCUGGGUUUCUGUUAAAUCACCAUUGUCUCCUAAAAGAAGAGGCAGAGGAAGGAAACUAUAUGAUUAAGCUAUAGUUCAUAAAACAUUUAGUAAAGUACCGUUUGUCUUCCUGUGGGAGUCAUCCUGUAUUCUCCCAUAGCCCCCCACAGGUUCCCCCUCUCCUUGUACAGAGGGCAGGGACGGCCUGUUCAAUAGGGCGAUAUGGGCGACGCACUGCCAAACGGGAAAAGGAAGGGAUUUUUUUUCUAAUCAAUUAUAUCACGGCAACAGUAGUUAUCAGUGUUGUAAUCUGAUCUGACUGCCACUAAAUGUCAAAUCAGGCUAAAGUCGUGCUUCAAAUGGCCCCGCCCGUUUUUGGGCGAUUUCAGUCAGGUUGAAAAUCGCCCAGAAGUCUCUCAUAGCCUGUCAUGUAAAAUCUAUUUUUUUCAAAUUUCAAAGCUUUCAAUACAUUCUCUAUGGGUGUCUGUGGGCUUGCACUUACGCGCUUUCGUCAUACGUGACGUAACCAUGAACGUAACUAAGCAAAUAGCGGCUAGCAGCGUCUCUGUUGCGACCUGCAGUGUGGCGUUAUUUUAUGUUUUUAAUUUGUACACUUAGUGGCGUUAUUUUAUGUUUUUAAUUUGUACACUUAGUUUACAAACAUUCUGCCAACCAUGGAUUUCCAGUGGUGGGUUUUGGACUGAUCUUGUUGAUCGUGUACAUACCCGCUACGAACGGACUAAAUAAUGAAAACGUUGCUGGCAGCGGAAUCCAAUACAGCUGGGAGACUUGGCUGGAUGACCGAGUCCCGGACAGAGAAGUGGAGCCGGCCGGCUUCACCCUGGUCGGAGCGGACCUCGAUCUGACAGUCACAGGGAAAAUCGAUCCUGGUAAGAGAGCGACUCUGUACCCCCGAGCCCCGACAUUGAACUGCUUUCUGUGUCACUGCGACCUUACUAUCUGCCCCGUGAGUUCCCCCAAUUGUUUGUUACCGUUGUGUACUGUUGAUAAUCACAAGUUUACUGGAGAACUGAGACCAAGUAGAGACUUUGGACAGGGUGGAUAUGGUAUAAUAAAGGCAGUUUAUUCAGAGGUAAAGAUAUCUGGAAUCGCGUGCACGGACUCGUUCGUCAAACUCUUAGGGAGCUAUCUGAAGAGAGCCCCGAAAACAUUGUGUGCUGACAUUUUAUACAAUAAAUGAUGUAGGUUGAAUCUAGUAGUUCUGAUCUUCUGAUUGGUCCUGAUGAGUUGGGCGAGGUCCCCUCCACUGUUGCAUUGGCUCUGAGUCGGGUUCUCUGUCUUCAAAUGUUCAGCCUAAAGAGAGGGGAUUUUUGUGUGUGUGUGUGUGUGUGUUUAACAGUGAUGAUGUGUGUGUGUGUGUGUGUGUUUAACAGUGAUGAUGUGUGUGUGUGUGUGUUAUCAGUGAUGAUGUGUGUGUGUGUGUGUGUGUGUGUCCUCAGAGCAAGAACUCGUGAGUUGGAAGAACUGAGAGACCUAUGGCGUGGGUGUUGUCCUUGGCCACCUGCUGACAAGGCUGACAAGAUAGGACUCUUUUGUCCAUUGUUAUAGGAUAGGAACAUCAUUGAUUGAAAACAAACGCCCAACACAAAAUGGGUCAUGCACAAGAUUUUAGUCAGACCAAGCUAUAACAUUAUAUAUUUACUACGACAGUACAUUCAACCAAAAGCUAAUAUAACAAAGGCAUCAGAGAUUAUUUAUAAUCUGUCACAGAAACUGGAAUCCAUCUCCCCAGAUCAGUCAAUAAAUGCUUCUGGUAUUGACUUAUAUGCUGCCCCUGUCUUCAUGUUGUUGCUGGACAUAUCUUUUUUAAAAUGUGUGUAGGUCACCUAAAUCAUCAGAAAAAUUGCCCCUCCUGAGAAUUUUUUCAGGAGCCGCCACUGACAGAGGGACACAUUUUCCAUUUCUUCAUUUCUCUCUCUCCAGGGGUGGUUGAGUCCAGAUGUGUGUGCUAGAGAUGUUUUUGUGGGGGGUUUUUAUGCCCCAUCUGCCUUGUUUUAAGCGCAGAGGAGGCAGAGAGAGGAGAGGGACUGAGAGAAACUAGAACUACUUCAAGACUAGUGUGUUUCACCUUCUACUGUAAGUCUCUUGUUGGGCCCUGUGCUGGAGGAGAGCGGGGGGGGGGGGGGGGGGGGGGAGAGAGAAAAGGAGGGUGGAAUGUGUCACUCUGUAGAAAGAAGGAGGGAGAAGGAGUGAGCAAGAAAGGUAGAGAGAGAGUGACUGACUGAGAGGGAUCAAAUAAGUAACAGGAGAGGUGAUGGGAGCUGAGUCACUCCUACACAUGGCUUCGGAGAUGUUAUAAAAACAAACGAUCGCGCUGACGUGGACGACUCGCAUUCUGGGAAUAUAAACGAUUCUUAAAGCCAACCAAUAAACAGGAAGGAGAGAGAUGAAGUACAGAGCCAUGGUAAGAAAAGAACUGCACGCUCACUCACUCAUUCUCUUCAAAAGGAAUUUGGAACUUGGAAGCAGCACUCAACAACACAACAGUACAAGUUUCAUGUUGAGUCGUGUGUAUUUGUAGAUGUGUGUGUGUGUGUGUGUGUGUGUGUGCGCUUCAGUUUAAAUUGUGUUCAUGUGGUGGUGCUUAAGGACAUAAGUCUAAGGGCAGAAAAUAUAUAUGGCUGCUUUUCCUGUCUAGGGGAGAGGGAUUCGGUCGGUGGAGGUUUCGCUAGGAUAAACUUUAUUAAGAAAGUGUACGUAGAGGGUGUAUUACGUAACAGCUUUGACAGUCAGUACUCUUGAACUGCAAGGCCACAGGAGAGAGGGGAAUGUAGCUGGGUUCUGACCACAAAGCACCAGUUUCUCCUGACACCAACCUAGCUAUCCAUCUAUGAAAUGAUCUAAUCUUCAUAUCUAGCUCUCCAUCCAUCACUUUUAACCGGAGGAGUUUGAUCACAAAGCACGUAGCCAGUUUCUCCUGAGUCCUGACACUGAACCACCUAUAAUCCAUCUAAAUGAAUCUCCCACGUUCUCUUCCUAUCCAGGGUCGUAUUCAUUAGGCACCAAAACAGAAGAAAACGGACUGAAACAGGAAGGGACUACCCAAACUUGUCCAAUAAGAAAUUCUCGUUCUCCUUUUCCAUUGCAAAACGUUUCGCAAAAAGUGUUCUGUAUUGAAUACCACCCAGUUCUCAUUUCUAUGCGGUAUCUGUUUGUGUUGGUGUGUUUGCGCCACCACAGUGUUGCAAUGGCAGACCUGUGUUUUGAGGCUGGGCCUGGAUUCUUUGGCGCUGAGUGAGAGUGACGAUGUUAAUGAAACUGUCAGUCUGUCACAGCACAGAGGCAGCGCUCCAAGUCUUCCCCAACCCCACUGCAUAUCUUCCUAUCACUGUCACCUCCGCAGCCUGGGGACUCCAUAGAGAUAGAUGGAGGACUCAUCAUGGAUAUACCCAGUUUUAGCAUGGACAUUGCCACAGGACUUCCACCCUGCUUCUGCCAUUUUUAAAGUAGUCAACUGGGUGGGGAUUCCUAUGGGUUGUAGCCUCAACUCAUGCUGCCACAGACGCUAUAAUGGCACAGAUCUAAAGAUGAGUCCUCUAUCUUUGUGUGACUCUGACUCUCUGGGGGAGGGGACUGUGAGGGAAGACUGUGGUUGUGUCCCAAUAAUCUCUGUUUCUUCCUGAAGUGUGCACUCGUUCACUACUCCUCACAAAUGUAAAACCAUUGGCUUGGUGAAGGCAUAGGCUAGGAAGUUUCCACCAUUUACUUUUACCAGUAAUUUCAUUUCCUUCUCAUCUUAUUUUUUGGGAUUGAACACCCCACUGUGUUUGGCUCCUAACAGCGUGUUGUCCUCAGCCUGCUUUAAAACCCCUUUGAGGGGUGUGGUCACUUGAAACAAUUCCCAUGGAAAACCAUCGAUUUGAGUGAUAUUUCCACUACCCAAUUCAAAAUCCCAAUUCAAAAUCCCAAUUCAACCCCUGGUUGUAUGUCAUAGUGUUUUUAUAGACCAAAUAUGAUGAUUUGUACAGUUUCAUUGGUUUGUUUAGUUGACUUCAAGGACACAGCAUGUUAUCAAAGGAGUGCUAGUGUGUGUGAACCAAUGCUGCUGUGGAUCUCCAGCUAACUGCACACUGAAAGAGCACUAAUGAGGAAGACGUUGAGUAGCCCCUUUGAACAGGGUCGUAUUCACUAGACCCCAAACGGAAGAAAACUGGGAGGGACUACCUGAACUUGUCCAAUAAGAAAUUCUCGUUUUUGGUUAGCAAAACCAGGUGCCCCAUUCCCAGGGUCUCCCAUCUUGUAAGGAGUGCAUUAGAAGUUGUCCAUACUAGUUUAGGUGGAAUUAAUAAAAUAUUUUGACCAACAGCAAUAUGACCUGUCAUUCCUGAGUCUUCCAGUCUCUCCUUGAAAGUAGCACUCUGAGACUGCAAUGAAAGCUCCUCAUGCUAUAUGAGGCCCAUUGUAUACAAUACUUUAGCCUGCAAUAGAUGACCUCACUAUUGCCUCCCUCUCUCUCCCUGUCAGUAACUCCUGAUUUAGAAUCUCAUUGGGAGGAAAUGCUGUUUAUUUUAGUGGCACACUGCAAUGAGGGGCUGGCAGACAGAGAGACACUGACUACAGAGUGUCCCCAGAGAGACUAAAUGUGCGGUCACCACUGCCUCUUAUUGGGCGCACGGUUGCUUUUCUUUUUAAUUGGCUGAUCUGCUGUAGUGAGGAAAGGACUAGUUUGGCAGAAAGAAAGUAGAGAACCUGUUGACUUUUGUUCUUGAAAUGCCCUCUAACCCUUUGGUUGGGUCUGUGUUUUGGGCCGGACAUGAAUCCGAUACCUUGUCCUUUUUGAAGGGGAAUAUUUUUUCUAACACAGCUGCCCGUAAUGAGUGGGAAAUUGAGAAUGUUUUCACCUGCUAACGUAGAGCUAUAGUUGUCACACCUGUCCGUCCACUUUCCCCUAUACACACACGUGCGUGCACACACACACACACACGUCUUCACAUGUGUCCCUCUUUUCCAAGCCUUGAGGGGGGAAUCCAUGGCAGUCAAUCACCAUCAAAACGUUACUAUAAACUUGAAGUUGGCCACUGAUACAUGUCAUAGCAAUGUCAUGGAAAAUAGUGGUCUUGUUGAAAUGGCUCUUCCCACGUCUGUCAUCGUAAACCCUUAUUGAUUUCACUUCAGUAGGUUCUCACAGUCUCAGUAUGUUUCCAUGAUACAUAUUUCUACAGUAACACUUCCAAUGAAUACCUGCUUUGUAAUGCAUUAUAAGCAUUUAUAACAAGCUAUGCAUUAUAACGCAUGAUAUAUGCACUAAUAGCAGUUCAAUAAUUCAAUAUACCCGAAGGUUAUGCUUUAGAAGUGAGAGUGCGCAGGAUACCCUGUUGUGCUUUGAUACAUAUCUUGACUGUUUUAAUCAUUUUGCUUCCUUGCUAAAUGGCCACUUUUGACCUCACUUGCGGCCAUGGAAAACCCAGAAACUUCACAGUCAGCCUACAACCUUGAGAAAGCCCAUGCCACUGUCACCUUUCAGUUCUGUAGUGAGUCACAAUAUGUUGUCACGUGUAUGAUCCCAUAAUGUCUGUGAAACCUAAAGGAUCGAUCUGUGCUCGCUCUCUUUCCCUCUCGGUAUCCCUCCCUUUUUAUUAACAAGACGAAUGAGAGAAUAGCGGAGGAGAGCCAGACAACUGAUUCAUAGUGGAAAAAUGUUCAAAAGAGCAAAACUCUGAGUGGCUAACCGUGCUCUCCGUAGGAGCAGAUUACACACGUAUUUGUUUUUAGUUACACUGGCUUAAACGGAACCGGUGAAAAGGCCUAUAUUCUCCACUUUCCAACAGACAUAAAUCCCUCCCUAUUCUUACUCUUAUGCUGAGUUUAGAUAGGUAGACUGCAAACCGGAUGCCAUUGUUUUCAAUGAGAGACGUACGAUAAAUGUCGCUGAGGCUGGCGGUGAAUGCCGUUAGCCGCCACGCGUAGACAGGACUUGCCGCCAGAGUUGAAAUAUUUCAUAUUUUGCGGUCUUCCGUAGUUGUUUUCUACCGGAUGUUGAUUUGCACUGUUUGUUUACUGAAAUCACCAUAGCAAUGCGUGCUGGCUUGCUUUUGCCGUCAGUCUUUCUUGCUUUCUUGUGCGGCUAUGCUGACUGGUAUGACGUUUUUUGCGUCCCUCGUCUAAAUGCAGCGUUAGUCUUACUCUUCUACUGAGAUCAUUUACCAGAGAAAAAUGAUCAAGAAGUGACCGUUUAUAAAGAAGCCUUUUAUUAAUGUUUUAACUCUUCGACCCCCCCCCCCCCCCCCUCCAGUCCAAUCUGAAAAGGCUAAUAACAUGAAAUUCUAUUAUGUAAUAAUAUAGCAGGAUACUAUGGCUAAAGACCACUUACAGUUGAUUCCGUAUAGCAACAUAACCACUUACACUUCACUCACUGUAACUGUAAUGGAUGAUAUGUUAAUCUGUUAUACAUUACAGACUUAAAGAUGCUGAAAAUGCAAAUUAACCCAUUCAGCUGCUUGGUCCAUACGCCAUUCAUAUGGCUUUUAUAUAUCACAAUUUAGACCUUUUAAGCAACCAAAGGGCAACGCUAAGGUCAGGCAAAGGGCAAGCUUUGUUUUAUGGUUAUGCAGCAGACCCACUCAUUCCCCUUAGCCACACCCGGUUGUUCACUACUCUGUGUAGAUGAGAGAGAGAGAGUGGGUGGGUGAGGGAAGUGGCGAGAGAACACAGCAGUAGGCCUAGCCGGAUUCCCAGCUCCUUUGUUUUCUCUAUAGGAUUUGGAAAAGGUGACAGCAUGCUGGUAGCGGAAUGUACUGUAGGUAGCGCAGGGGUGUUGGUGUGUUCAACAAGGACGUGUGUGGUGGGAAGGGGCAGAGGGUGGGGAGGCAGGAAAACACUGUAAAAGCCCCAUUUGAAGAACAAUGAAGUAAUGGAGAGAGAGGUGGUGUUGGGAGAACUCUGAGAGAAGGGGAAACCGAAGCGGGAGAAAAGGGGUUCCUCUCCCUGUCAUAGAGAGAACUCCCUCCCUGUGUUAAGAAGAAAGUUGGCCCUGUUCCAUUGUUUCAUGAAAUUGUUUCCCCAUAGAAAUAAAAUCAAUAGAACGGUCGUCCCACCCAUCAUUAACUUAGAUGGGGUGUCCAUUCUAGGAAUUCAAUUUCUAUGGCUUUCCCCUGGCUGUUGGAGUCUGAAAUUACUGUUGCGAGUCAGAAUAGUAGAAUAGACAAGGUGCAAUUUCAACAUUUUCAUUGUGCAUCAGAAGUUUUUCUCUAAUGUUAGUUACUGAUAGUCAAUCAAUUAGCCCAUGUCAGCUAAAAUGUUUUAGAUUGCUAAAUGAACUUGUUAUCGUGGUCGAAUUACCAGUCGGGUGCCCCCCAUUGAUUUUGUAAGUCAGUCUCAUGGAUGUGGGUAUGCAGACCCGCAAGCAACUGCGCCCCCUCAUGAUGAGUUCAGAUUUGUUGUGGCCCCCAACCCCUCAAAGUUACCCAUCCCUUGAUUAGAUGGCCAGAUAACAGGCUUCUCACUAACGAGCCCAACGAGCCCUGGGAGAAAGAGGGUUCCUAAUUCUCUCCCUGUCAGAGAGAGAACUCCCUCCCUGUGUUAAAAAGAAAGAGAAGAAUGUCCGUAGAAUGGUCCACACAUCGUGGCAUCAUUAGGGAAAGGGAAAGGCGGAUACCUAGUCAGUUGUACAACUGAAUGCAUUCAACUGAAAUGUGUCUUCCGCAUUUAACCCAACCCCUCUGAAUCAGAGAGGUGCGGGGGGCUGCCUCAAUCGACAUCCAUGUCAUAGGCGCCCGGGGAACAGUGGGUUAACUGCCUUGCUCAGGGGCAGAACGACAAAUGUACGUACAUACCCCAACCAGAAGCCAUGGAUUACAGGCAACAUCCGCACUGAGCUAAAGGGUAGAGCUGCCACUUUCAAGGAGCGGGACUCUAACCCGGAAGCUUAUAAGAAAUCCCGCUAUGCACUCCGACAAACCAUCAAACAGGCAAAGCGUCAAUACAGGACUAAGAUCGAAUCGUACUACACUGGCUCCGACGCUCGUCGGAUGUGGCAGGGCUGGCAAACUAUUACAGACUACAAAGGGAAGCACAGCUGCGAACUGCCCAGUGACACGAGCCUACCAGACGAGCUAAAUUACUUCUAUGCUUUCUUCGAGGCAAGCAACACUGAAACAUGCAUGAGAGCAUCAGCUGUUCUGGACGACUGUGUGAUCACGCUCUCCGUAGCCGGUGUGAGUAAGACCUUUAAACAGGUCAACAUUCACAAGGCUGCAGGGCCAGACGGAUUACCAGGACGUGUACUCCGAGCAUGCGCUGACCAACUGGCAAGUGUCUUCACUGACAUUUUCAACCUCUCCCUGUCUGAGUCUGUAAUACCAACAUGUUUCAAGCAGACCACCAUAGUCCCUGUGCCCAAGAACACUAAGGUAACCUGCCUUAGUCCCCUGUAGCUCAGUUGGUAGAUCAUGGAGCUUGCAACGCCAGGGUUAUGGGUUCGUUUCCCACCGGGGGCCUGUAUGAAAAUGUAUGCACUCACUUAACUGUAAGUCACUCUGGAUAAGAGUGUCUGCUAAAUGACUAAAAUGUAAAUGUAAAUGACUACCGACCCGUAGCACUCGCAUCUGUAGCCAUGAAGUGCUUUGAAAGGCUGGUCAUGGCUCAUAUCAACACCAUUAUCCCAGAAACCCUAGACCCAGCCCCAACAGAUCCACAGAUGAUGCAAUCUCUAUUGCGCUCCACACUGCCCUUUCACACCUGGACAAAAGGAACACCUAUGUGAGAAUGCUAUUCAUUGACUACAGCUCAGCAUUCAACACCAUAGUGCCCUCAAAGCUCAUCACUAAGCUAAGGACCCUGGGACUAAACACCUCUCUCUGCAACUGGAUCCUGGACUUCCUGAUGGGCCGCCCCCAGGUGGUAAGGGUAGGUAAAAACACAUCUGCCACGCUGAUCCUCAACACGGGGGCCCCUCAGGGGUGCGUGCUCAGUCCCCUCCUGUACUCCUUGUUCACUCAUGACUGCAUGGCCAGGCACGACUCCAACACCAUCAUUAAGUUUGCCGAUGACACAACAGUGGUAGGCCUGAUCAGACAGCCUAUAGGGAGGAGAUCAGAGACCUGGCCGUGUGGUGCUAGGACAACAACCUCUCCCUCAACGUGAUCAAGACAAAGGAGAUGAUUGUGGACUACAGGAAAAAGAAGAGAACCGAGCAUGCCCCCAUUCUAAUCGACGAGGCUGUAGUGGAACAGGUUGAGAGCUUCAAGUUCCUUGGUGUCCACAUCACCAACAAACUAACGUGGUCCAAGCACACCAAGACAGUCGUGAAGAGGGCACGACAAAACCUAUUCCCCCUAAGGAGACUGAAAAGAUUUGGCAUGGGUCCUCAGAUCCUCAAAAGGUUCUACAGCUGCACCAUCAAGAGCAUCCUAACUGGUUGCAUCACUGCCUGAUAUGGCAACUGCUCGGCCACUGACCGCAAGGCACUACAGAGGGUAGUGCGCACGGCCCAGUACAUCACUGGGGCCAAGCUUCCUGCCAUCCAGGACCUCUAUACCAGGCGGUGUCAGAGGAAGGCCCUCAAAAUUGUCAAAGACUCCAGCAAUCCUAGUCAUAGACUGUUCUCUCUGCUACCGCACGGCAAGCGGUACCGGAGCGCCAAGUCUAGGUCCAAGAGACUUCUAAGCAGCUUCUACCCCCAAGCCAUAAGUCUCCCGAUCAUCUAAUCAAAUGGCUACCCAGACUAUUUGCAUUGCCCCCCCCCCCCCUUUACGCUGCUGCUACUCUCUGUUUAUUAUCAAUGCAUAGUCACUUUAACAACUCUACCUACAUGUACAUAUUACCUCAAUUACCUCGACUAACCGGUGCCCCCACACAUUGACUCGGUACCGGUACCCCCUGUAUAUAGCCUCGCUAUUGUUAUUUUUACUGCUGCUCUUAAUUAUCUGUUACUUUUAUUUCGUAUUAUUUUAUAUUGUAUUCUUUUGUGUUAUUUAUUUAUUUUUGGUAUUAUUUCUUAACUGCAUUGUUGGUUAAGGGCUUGUAAGUAAGCAUUUCACUGUAAGGUCUACACCUGUUGUAUUCAGCGCAUGUGACCUGAUUUGAUUUGAUUUUAUUUGAAAUGGUUACCUUGUCAGCUCAGGGAUUCGAUCCAGCAAACUUUCGGUUACUGGACCAACGCUCCUACCUGCCGCCCCAUAAUUAUAUUUCUAUGGCUUUCCCCUGGCUGUUGGAGCGAUUUAGAUACCCAGAUAACAGGCUUCUCACUAACGAGCCCAACGAAGCCUGGGAGAGAGACUUCUCUCAGCGCAGCACCGCCCCGAGACGGAUCACUUUUUCCCCAGGAACUGCAGGUUCUUUGUUUUCCCCCCUGGCCAUGUGAAAUGAAGGCCACCAAGGCUCAGGGCCCAUAUUCCAAAAGCCUCUUAUAGUCGAAGUGCUGAUCUAGGAUCAGGUCACCCCUCUCCAUAUCGUAUUUCAUUAUGAUCUGAAAAGGCAGAAAGUAUUCUAGAUGAGCCCUCCUACUCUGAGACUGUGAAUACGGGCCUACGACUUGAAGGGGGGAUGGUGGAGGAGAGAAAGGAGAUGGAGGGGUGGUGGUGACCACAAACUACCUAAAGACCCUCAGAGGGAUACAGUGUGAAUGAAGUGAGAGUUAAAAAGGCCAGAGUGAAGGCUUGAUUCAUCACUCCGUAAAGGUUACAGAUGUAAUUGGAGCCAACCGAGAGCCAUUUGCAUUGCUCUCUACGUAGUUCUGUGUACAUUUGUGCGGCUGAAUUUUUGGAAUGCAAAGGGACCUCCGUCGGCUCCUUUUGCAUAGGCUGCUUACUUACAGCCCUUAACCAACAAUGUUUUAUUUUACUUUUUUAUUUAAAAAAUAAAUGCAAAAAGUAAAAUAAAACAACAAGAAAAAAGUGUUGAGAAAAAAAGAGCAGAAGUAAAAUAAAAUAACAGUAGGGAGGCUAUAUAUAUACACCGGCUAGUUGAGGUAAUAUGUACAUAUGGAUAGAGUUAAAGUGACUAUGCAUAAAUAAUUAACAGAGUAGCAGCAGCGUAAAAAGAUGGGAUGGGGGUGGGGGGGGCAGUGCAAAUAGUCCGGGUAGACAUAAUUAGCUGUUCAGGAGUCUUAUGGCUUGGGGGUAGAAGCUGUUGAGAAGUCUUUUGGACCUAGACUUGGCACUCCGGUACCGCUUGCCGUGCGGUAGCAGAGAGAACAGUCUAUGACUAGGGUGGCUUGAGUCUUUGACAAUUUUGAGGGCCUUCCUCUGACACCGCCUGGUAUAGAGGUCCUGGAUGGCAGGAAGCUUUACCCCAGUGAUGUACUGGGCCGUAUGCACUACCCUCUGUAGUGCCUUGCGGUCGGAGGCCGAGCAGUUGCCAUAUCAGGCGGUGAUGCAACCAGUCAGGAUGCUCUCGAUGGUGCAGCUGUAGAAUUUUUUUGAGGAUCUGAGGACCCAUGCCAAAUCUUUUCAGUCUCCUGAGGGGGAAUAGGCUUUGUCGUGCCCUCUUCACGACUGUCUUGGUGUGUUUGGACCAUGAUAGUUUGUUGGUGAUGUGGACACCAAGGAACUUGAAGCUCUCAACCUGUUCCACUACAGCCCCGUCGAUGAGAAUGGGGGCGUGCUCAGUCCUCUUUUUUUUCCUGUAGUCCACAAUCAUCUCCUUUGUCUUGGUCACGUUGAGGGAGAGGUUGUUAUCCUGGCACCACACGGCCAGGUCUCUGACCUCCUCCCUAUAGGCUGUCUCAUCGUUGUCAGUGAUCAGGCCUACCACUGUUGUGUCGUCGGCAAACUUAAUGAUGGUGUUGGAAUCAUGCCUGGCCAUGCAGUCAUGGGUGAACAGGGAGUACAGGAGCGGACUGAGCACGCACCCCUGAGGGGCCCCCGUGUUGAGGAUCAGUGUGACAGAUGUGUUGUUUCCUACCCUUACCACCUGGGGGCGGUCCGUCAGGAAGUCCAGGAUCCAGUUGCAGAGGGAGGUGUUUAGUCCCAGGAUCCUUAGCUUAGUGAUGAGCUUUGAGGGCACUACGGUGUUGAAUGCUGAGCUGUAGUCAAUGAAUAGCAUUCUCACGUAGGUGUUCCUCUUGUCCAGGUGGGAAAGGGCAGUGUGGAGUGCAAUAGAGAUUGCAUCAUUCAUCUGUGGAUCUGUUGGGGCGGUAUGAAAAUUGGAGUGGGUCUAGGGUUUCAUGACCAGCCUUUCAAAGCACUUCAUGGCUACAGAUGUCAGUGCUACAGGGUCGGUAGUCAUUUAAGCAGGUUAUCUUAGUGUCCUUGGGCAUGGGGACUAUGGUGGUCUGCUUGAAACAUGUUGGUAUUACAGACUCAGUCAGGGACAUGUUGAAAAUGUCAGUGAAGACACUUGCCAGUUGGUCAGCACAUGCUCGGAGUACACGUCCUGGUAAUCCGUCUGGCCCUGCGGCCUUGUGAAUGUUGACCUGCUUAAAAGUCUUACUCACAUUGGCUACGGAGAGUGUGAUCACAUAGUAAUCCGGAACAGCUGGUGCUCUCAUGCAUGCUUCAGUGUUGCUUGCCUCGAAGCAAGCUUAAAAGUAGUUUAGCUCGUCUCGAAGUCUUGUCACUGGGCAGCUCGCGGCUGUGCUUCCCUUUGUAGUCCGUAAUAGUUUUCAAGCCCUGCCACAUCCGACGAGCGUCAGAGCCGGUGUAGUACGAUUCAAUCUUAGUCCUGUACUGACUCUUUGCCUGUUUGAUGGUUCGUCGGAGGGCAUAGCAGGAUAUCUUAUAAGCGUCCGGGUUAGAGUCCCGCUCCUUGAAAGCGGCAGCUCUACCCUUUAGCUCAGUGCGGAUGUUGCCUGUAAUCCAUGGUUUCUGGUUAAGGGUAUGUACGUACGGUCACUGUGUGAACGACGUCAUCGAUGCACUUAAUGAUAAAGCCGGUGACUGAUGUUGUGUACUCCUCAAUGCUAUCUGAAGAAUCCCGGAACAUGUUCCAGUCUGUGCUAGCAAAACAGUCCUGUAGCUUAGCAUCUGCGUCAUCUGACCACAUUUUUAUUAACCGAGUCACUGGUGCUUCCUGCUUUAGUUUUUGCUUAUAAGCAGGAAUCAGGAGGAUAGAGUUAUGGUCAGAUUUGCCAAAUGGAGGGCAAGGGAGAGCUUUGUAUGCGUCUCUGCGUGUGGAGUAAAGGUGGUCUAGAGUUUUUUUAUUUUUUUUCUCUGGUUUCACAUUUAACAUGCUGAUAGAAAUGAGGCAGAACGGAUUUAAGUUUCCCUGCAUUAAAGUCCCCGGCCACUAGCAGCGCUGCCUCUGGAUGAGCGUUUUCCUGUUCACUUAUGGCCUUAUACUCUCUUGGUAAAUAGUGUGGUCUACAGCUUAUCAUGAGAUACUCUACCUCAGGCGAGCAAAACCUUGAGACUUCCUUAGUAUUUGAUUUUGUGCACCAGCUGUUGUCUUACCGGAGUCAGCCAUUCUAUCCUGCCGAUGUAGCGUAUAGCCCGCUAGCUGUAUGUUGUCCAUGUCGUCGUUCAGCCACGACUUGGUGAAACAUAAUAUAUUACCGUUUUUAAUGUCCCGUUGGUAGGAUAACCGUAAUCUUAGGUCAUCUAAUUUAUUCUCAAAUGAUUGAACAUUGGCUAAUAGGAUUGAUGGAAGAGGCAGUUUGCUCGCCGUCGGAUCCUUACAAGGCACCCCGACCUACGUCCACGAUAUCUCCGUCUCUUUCUCAUGCGAAUGACGGGGAUUUGGGCCUUGUCGGGUGUCUGUAGGAUAUCCUUCGCGUCCGACUUGUUAAAGAAAAAACUUCGUCCAAUACGAGGUGAGUAAUCGCUGUCCUGAUAUCCAGAAGCUCUUUUUGGUCAUAAGAGACGGUGGCAGAAACAUUAUGUACAGAAUAAAUGACAAAUAACGCGGAAAAACACACAUAAUAGUACAAUCGGUUAGAGGGCUGUAAAACGGCAGCCAUCCUCUCCGGCGCCACUAUGUAUAACUGUUGCGAAAAGCAGACAGACGGAGGCUGGAUGGAUGGAGAGAGAGUGGGAGGAUGUAAAGAAGGAGGGAUGGAGAAGAAUGGGGAGGAAGGGGGAGUAGGGUGGGGUACUGUGAAGCAGGGAGUUGUUUUUGGAAUGUUAGGGAGUACAGUGAUGAUGAUGAUGAUGAUGAUGAUGGAUAAGGAAUGGAAUCACUUCCUGGCACCACACACACACAUCCCUCCCCUCGUUCCUCUCCAGUCUCCUCUCCUCCUCAGCUACACUUGCACGUACUGUCCGUUUCAUCCCUCCUCUCUCUCUGUUUUUCUCCUCUAUGAUACAAGCCGUAUUGUCAACAGCUGCCUCACCUAGCCCUUAAUUAGGAGGAGAAGCACCUCUCUCCCUCUCUCUAUCCCCUGGGCCGGGGCUCUACUGUGUCAAUAACACAACAACAUAUGCAGCUGCGCUGUAGAAUGUGUGUGUGGUAAUGAACAUGGACAAUAAACGUGCGUGCGUUCAGUGCGUAUAUGUGUGGACCCGUGUGUGCUGGCAUAAUCAACUGUGCGUUCCCUGCUAUGUUGAUGCAUCCACAGCCUAGUGACAGAUCUGUGUGGUACUGUAUAGUGAGCCAUGGAUCUGGGUAACAUUCGUGAUCUGAUGCGUAAAACUCAAGCCUCCAUCGUAGAAAACCAGUUUCUGGGCAAACGCAUUGACGAGCUGAAGGAUGUAAGUGUUUGAAUGAACUAUUAUUUUUAGAUUGGGGAUUUUAGCCUGGGUGGAGCCUGUAAGACUUUGGUCGAAGUGCAAACUUUUUGGGGGGUUGGGUUUUCCUCCACUUCUAGUUCUAGCUUGCACAAGAUUACAAAGUGAGUUGUUUUCUAAGGAGUGCUCUUUGGUAUGGAACACUGCAAAACUCCAGUUUCUACAAUAACUUUCUGUCUGUGUAUGUUAUUGAUUGUGAGGGAGAAUGCUCUUGUGCUAACUAUUCUUUGUUAUAGUUUUUAAUGGAAAUUGUGUCAUCGUGUGUCUUGAGGUACGUUGCUAGAUUCCCGGGCUGUUAUGAGCGCUUACUUGUCAGGCAUAAAUGAACACAUUGAGAGAUACUCACACGCAACGUUGAUUCAACUUAACCAGGGUCUGCUUAGAAUGUCUCUCUUGGUAUUUUUGUGGUUCUCUCUCCUGCCUUAUUUUUAUACCGAUAUAUACACGGUUCCUAUUGCUGACCUCCCUCUCCUCCCUCUAGGCGGUGGGUAGUGACGGGGUGCGGAUCACGAUGGAGAGUGCCCUGACGGCCAGGGACCGGGUGGGGGUGCAGGACUUUGUCCUGCUGGAGAACUACACCAGCGAGGCGGCCUUCAUCGAGAACCUCCGCAAGCGCUUCAAGGAGAACCUCAUCUAUGUAAGACGCCUACCCAUUUACUCUCACCUCCAUAUUCAUUAGAUAGCAAAACGGGAAGGACUACCUGAACUUGUCCAAUAAACAACGCUCGUUUUUGUAUUCCGUUGCAUAACAUGUUGCUGUGUAUGUAGAUGCAUCCCACCAUUCCCCCACUGUGUUGUCACCUCAAAGACACCAUGAACUCUCUCUUUCUCGCUCUCUCAGACAUACAUCGGCUCAGUCCUGGUGUCGGUGAACCCCUACAAGGAUCUGGAGAUCUACACCAAGAACCACAUGGAGCGCUACCGAGGUGUCAACUUCUACGAGGUUUCUCCCCACAUGUGAGUAACCUGACCCCGGGUAUCACAACCCACCAUCUCUCCCCCUUCACUUCUCCCAUCCCAGUUGACUCAGUCAUGAACUAACAGUUAAGUAACAGGGGGUUUUCUGAGUGUCUGCUCGGCAUACAUUAAAUUGGGCCUUUUUGUUUGAUGAGAUGCUAGGCGAAGAGGGAAUUCCUUGCUCUGACUCUCUCACCACGCCAUGCGCUCAACAUUCCCGGCUUCGCUGCUCCUCGACUCCUUGUUUUUUCCGUUCUACUCGACCAUGUAGCCAAAUGUUUUCUGUCUGAGGGGGAAAAGACAAAUGUGUUUUGGAAGGGAGGGAAUACGGAGGAGAGAUAGAGAGAUGAAUUGGCGACGGGGUGAAGGUAUGAGGGGUGGGGGGGGGUGGUGCUUGGGGGGAUGGUGCUUGGUGGUACCAGAGGGGUGUUCCUCCUAGGAGGAGAUUUCCCUGCCCCAGGCCUGACCCCCUUUAUCCCUCUUUCGGGGAUAGGGGUCCUUGUGGAGGGGUUGACGUUGGCGCUAACGUUAUCUCAAUUCUAUGUUUCAGGGAAAGGGGAUACCUAGUCAGUUGCACAACUGAAUGCAUUCAACUGAAAUGUGUCUUCCGCAUUUAACCCAACCUCUCUGAAUCAGACGCCUGUCAUGUGGCAAAACCGGCUGAAUAAACAUAGAGCCCCUCUGAUAUUACAUGGCGAAAAUGAGUCAUCAUAACAGGCUGAAUAAACAUAUUACAUGGCGAAAAUGAGUCAUCAUAACAGGCUGAAUAAACAUAUUACAUGGUGAAAAUGAAUCAUCAUAACAGGCUGAAUAAACAUAUUACAUGGAGAAAAUGAAUCAUCAUAACAGGCUGAAUAAACAUAUUACAUGGUGAAAAUGAGCCAUCAUAACAGGCUGAAUAAACAUAUUACAUGGAGAAAAUGAAUCAUCAUAACAGGCUGAAUAAACAUAUUACAUGGUGAAAAUGAGCCAUCAUAACAGGCUGAAUAAACAUAUUACAUGGUGAAAAUGAAUCAUCAUAACAGGCUGAAUAAACAUAUUACAUGGUGAAAAUGAGCCAUCAUAACAGGCUGAAUAAACAUAUUACAUGGUGAAAAUGAGCCAUCAUAACAGGCUGAAUAAACAUAUUACAUGGUGAAAAUGAGUCAUCAUAACAGGCUGAAUAAACAUAUUACAUGGUGAAAAUGAGUCAUCGAAGCAGGAUCAUCAUAUCUCACUUACUGUAUGGUAUAAAAUGGGAUGUUAUUUAAAAGGGUAGAAUCAGAAUCAACUUUAUUCACCAAGUACAUUUGCAUGGACCAGGAAUUUGACCUGGUGAAAUGGUGCGGACAAUAAAAACAAUAUACAGACAAAAUAUAGACGAAAUAAUUUAAAUGUAAUCUAAUCCAAACUUUGUAUCAGCACAAAUUUGCAUUGGAAAUUGUUGAAAGUAGUCCUUAUGCAUAGAGUUUUUGUGGAAUUGUCCAUAUACAAGAUGGAUACAGUAAAAACAGAACAACUACACAUAAUAAGAAAGUAUAUAAUAAACAAAUGAGCAGUAGAGGAUAUACAAUAUGAAGUGUGGAAAUAUCCCAUCCGCUCCGCUGUGUCCCAUCCGCUCCGCUGUAUCCCAUCCGCUCCGCUGUAUCCCAUCCACUCCGCUGUAUCCCAUCCACUCCGCUGUAUCCCAUCCCUGUGUCCCAUCCGCUCCGCUGUGUCCCAUCCACUCCGCUGUAUCCCAUCCACUCCGCUGUAUCCCAUCCACUCCGCUGUAUCCCAUCCACUCCGCUGUGUCCCAUCCACUCCGCUGUAUCCCAUCCACUCCGCUGUAUCCCAUCCACUCCACUGUGUCCCAUCCACUCCACUGUGUCCCAUCCACUCCGCUGUAUCCCAUCCACUCCGCUGUAUCCCAUCCACUCCGCUGUGUCCCAUCCACUCCGCUGUGUCCCAUCCACUCCGCUGUGUCCCAUCCACUCCGCUGUAUCCCAUCCACUCCGCUGUAUCCCAUCCACUCCGCUGUAUCCCAUCCACUCCGCUGUAUCCCAUCCACUCCGCUGUAUCCCAUCCACUUCAAAUUGAAGGUCAUCAAAUCAAAACUGUAUUUGUCACAUGCGCCACAUACAACAGGUGUAGACCUUACAGUGAAAUGCUUACUUACAAGCCCUUAACUUUCUUUUUUCCAGCUACGCGGUGUCUGACAACUCCUACCGGUCCAUGCGGACGGAGCGUAAGGACCAGUGCAUCCUCAUCUCGGGGGAGAGUGGUGCCGGCAAGACGGAGGCGUCAAAGAAGAUCCUGCAGUACUACGCCGUGACCUGUCCCGCCAGCGACCAGGUCGAGACGGUCAAGGAUCGCCUGCUGCAGUCCAACCCUGUCCUAGAGGUGAACACUAUGGGGGGUGGGGGUGGAAAUCCAUGUCAUCUGUCGCAUGUUCCUGGCUUGGUCCAGUCUAAAACGAGACAUCAUAUUUGUGUGUGUGUAUGCGGGCUCUCCUAGUGUGUACUGUAUUGAGCUGUGAUGUGUUUUGGCUGUGCUGGAUGGGCUGUAGACUAGUUGGAUUCCAGACAGAUGGGGAUCACAGCAGAGCAGAUCAGUACAGACAGACUGCCCUGUAAUCUAGCCCCGUGUCACAGCCACAGCCCAACACACCAUCUAACUGUCUGACACCACUUUAACACAUCUGUCUACCUCUCCCCCUCUCCCCCUCUCCGUCCUCUCUCCUGUCUCCUACUCUUUUCUCUCUUCUUGCUUUGUGGACCUCCCCUCUUUCAUCCUCUCCCCCUCUGUCUCCCACCCCUUGUGUCUCCCACCCCUUGUGUCUCCCACCCCUUGUGUCUCCCUCCCCUUGUGUCUCCCUCCCCUUGUGUCUCCCUCCCCUUGUGUCUCCCUCCCCUUGUGUCUCCCUCCCCUUGUGUCUCCCUCCCCUUGUGUCUCCCACCCCUUGUGUCUCCCUCCCCUUGUGUCUCCCACCCCUUGUGUCUCCCUCCCCUUGUGUCUCCCUCCCCUUGUGUCUCCCUCCCCUUGUGUCUCCCUCCCCUUGUGUCUCCCUCCCCUUGUGUCUCCCUCCCCUUGUGUCUCCCUCCCCUUGUGUCUCCCUCCCCUUGUGUCUCCCUCCCCUUGUGUCUCCCUCCCCUUGUGUCUCCCUCUCCUUGUGUCUCCCUCUCCUUGUGUCUCCCUCCCCUUGUGUCUCCCACCCCUUGUGUCUCCCUCCCCUUGUGUCUCCCUCCCCUUGUGUCUCCCACCCCUUGUGUCUCCCUCCCCUUGUGUCUCCCACCCCUUGUGUCUCCCACCCCUUGUGUCUCCCUCCCCUUGUGUCUCCCUCCCCUUGUGUCUCCCUCCCCUUGUGUCUCCCUCCCCUUGUGUCUCCCUCCCCUUGUGUCUCCCUCCCCUUGUGUCUCCCUCCCCUUGUGUCUCCCUCUCUUUGUCCCUAUGUGUGUGACCCCCAGGCUUUUGGAAAUGCCAAAACUUUGCGAAACGAUAACUCCAGCCGCUUCGGCAAAUACAUGGACAUCCAGUUUGACUUCAAGGUGAGUGGUCACACACACACUCUAACAGAGUAUGUUCCUUUAAGGGGGAUACCAGUACAUAAACACUGCCAGUCCUUCCAUAUUAACUUGUACAAUAUGUUUGUUUUUCCACUCUGACGUUACUGUAUUCUCCAUGGGGCGCGUUCGUUUCGUGGGGCGUAUACACCUGCAUGUGGUUUUGUGUCCUUGUGUGGCCCUGUGUCUGUCUCAGUAUCCCUGCAUCACCACCCUCUCCCCCUUUCCUCGGUUCCCUCUAUCCCGGCGGCAGGGUGCUCCAGUGGGGGGCCACAUCCUCAACUACCUGCUGGAGAAGUCGCGGGUGGUGCACCAGAACCAUGGAGAGAGGAACUUCCACAUCUUCUACCAGCUGAUUGAGGGGGGUGAGGAGGACCUGCUGCGGCGCCUGGGCCUGGAGAAGAACCCCCAGCAGUACCAGUACCUCGUCAAGGUGGGACACACCAGAAUUUCACUAUAUGGUUGGGUCUCGAAUGGGACACUGUUCCCUAGUGCUCAACUUUGGACCAGAGCCUGUGUCUAGCUGUUUGGGUCUCAAGUAUGGUUAUCUACCCCCCCACCUUGUCACAACACAACUGAUUGGCUCAAAUGCAUUAAGAAGGGAAGCAAUUCCACAAAUUAACUUUUAACAAGGCACACCUGUUAAUUGAAAUGCAUUCCAGGUGACUACCUCAUGAAGCUGGAUGAGAGAAGGCUAAGAGUGUGCAAAGCUGUCAUCAAGACAAAGGGUGGCUAUUUGAAGAAUCUCAAUUAUAAAAUAUAUUUUGAUUAGUUUAACACUUUUUUGGUUACUACAUGAUUCCAUAUGUGUUAUUUCAUAGUUUUGAUGUCUUCACUAUUAUUCUACAAUGUAGAAAAUAGUAAAAAUAAAGAAAAACCCUUGAAUGAGUAGGUGUGUCCAAACUUUUGACUGGUACUGUAUAUGUAUGGCCUGUUGAGAUAAACAUGAACCUGCCUAUUUUUCAAAAACGUCUGAAAUCUCUUCAUAGAGCAGCUUGGUAGAGGUUUUGUUUAACUAACACCUUACUUUUGUAAUUGUCUUACUAACACAAGCAUUUGUUGUCUCUUACUAGCGCUGAUUUAGCUGUUGGCUUCUUUGUUGAGGAUUUUUUUUACUUGCAAUGUAGAAUGAUGGUGUUUUGUCUCUAACAGUGUUUUGUCUGCGUUGGUCUCUCAGGGGAACUGUCCCAAGGUGAGCUCCAUCAACGACCGCAGCGACUGGAAGGUGGUGAGGAAAGCUCUGUCAGUCAUCGGCUUCAACGAGGACGAGGUGGAGGUAAGGACCUGUUAUUACAACACAGAGACACACGGACAUGAUGUCAGCCACUGAGGUAGUGUGUUGUUGAUUACCCUAAAUACUACCACUGAAUACUUAUUCCAUUUGACUGUCUGACCAAUCAUGUCGGUGCUUUGGGUGCCACCCUCUGUUUUGUUAUUGUAGUUGUACAGUAGCAUUCUGUAUGCCCUUUUGUUCUGCAGUCUUGUGUAUAUAGUCAGGUUGUGUGAGACUGUCUAUAUUGACUAAUAAUGUGAUCUUAUCUUAUAUGUGAGUGUGUUGGGAUAGGGGGUGAAGAGCGGGUGUGUUUGUGUGUGAUGAGAGCGCUAAUUUAUGUGGGUGUCUCUUGCGUUUCAUGACUGUAGCCUGGGCUUGGGGCAAGAGCUCAGUAUGUCUCAGUUCAGAGAGGGAAGGGGGAGAGAGCAGGUGGUUUUCUAUAGUAUGCAGUACUCACACACACACAAAAGAGGCCAACUUCACUAUAUGUUGUCUAUGCCUGCAUGUGGGGGGACGAUGGUUGGCCCCCUUUUAGUUUAAUUAUAUUUUAUAACUCUCUUCAAGUCCAAGAUAGCCUAAUCUAAUACUUGCAGUCAUCAAGAUAGCUUUCUCUUUAGCACAUCACAAUAAAAUGUGUAUAAUCUUAUCAUGUCUAAUCUUCACAUGGCUUCUCUCUCUCUUUUUCCCUCUCUCUCUCUCUCUCUGUCUCUCUCUCUCUCUCUCGCUCUCUCUCUCUCUCUCUCUCUUUCUCUCUCUCUCUCUCCAUCUCUCUCCUCUAUCUCUCUCUCUCUCUCUCUCUGUCUUUCUCUCUCCCCCAUCUCUCUCUCUCUCGCCGUCUCUCUCUCUCCCUCUCUCUGUGUAGGAGCUGUUAAACAUUAUUGCCAGUGUUCUUCACUUGGGGAACAUUCAGUAUGGAGGAGAGGACAGCGGCAAUGCCUACAUCACUACAGACACACAGAUCAAAUACCUGGCGAGGGUAUGACCUCUCCCCCUUACUACAGUGUCCCCAUGGGGACACUACUCAUACUAUAUUAUACUCAGUCAAUCAUGUACCCUGUCAAUACUCAAUCAUAACACAUUACUCUCUUCAUAGCUCGAUAAUGUCACCAUUCAGUGGCUCAAUAGGAUAAAUAACACUGAUACUGGUGUUGAAUGAAUUUGGAUGUCUGUUAAUGUUUUGUUGUUGUUGCAGUUACUAGGUGUGGAUGGUUUGGUCCUGAAAGAAGCUCUAACACACAAAAAGAUCAUCGCCAAAGGGGAAGAGGUAGGCAGGAACCUUCUCUAAAUGAAUGCUCUUUAUAAUGCACUCUGUGAGAACGGUUCCCACAUUCUAUAUUCAACAUAUAAUGGCUCCUCAGUACCUCGGCAAGUGAGGAAUUGUAGAAUAACUAUUUCCAUUCUUCUCUCUGUGUCUGUCUGUGUGUCCAUGUCUGAUCUGUCUGUGUCCGUCCUCCAGCUGAAGAGCCCUCUGAACCUGGAGCAGGCAGCGUCGGCGCGGGACGCUUUGUCUAAGGCCGUGUACGGCCGCACCUUCACCUGGCUCGUCAACAAGAUCAACGUCUCCCUGGCUUACAAGGUAACACACACACACACACACACACACAUUAACUAAUGCCCCGUUAACUCCCCUCUUACCGCUGAUCCCCUACAUUCGCUGAUAUCCCUUUAUCUAUCCCAGUCUUCUGCCACUUCUGUCUCAGCCUGCACUUUUGACCUCUUAGCUGGCCAUUUAUAGUCAGUGGUAGUAGUACUCCCCCUUGUGGAUGUGUUGUAAUACUACAUGUCAGACAGAGCAGUGCUGCUCAUUCUGCAGCACUGCAUUUCUGUAUAGACUAUUGUCUGAUAGGGAUUAGGUUAGUGUAUAUUUCAGCUGUGAGAUACGCUCUAGUCGUAAUGGCUCUAGUCCAUGUCUGUGGUGAGGUCAUCAUUAGGCAGUGCUUAUCAUGCUUUAUUAGGUAUAAAUGUUACCAAAUAAUGAACUACUCAUUUAUUCUUAGUCUGUUGGCUUACACUAUUUAUAAACAGUUUAUGAAUGCUCCUUCAUGAAAGCUAUUAUAAAGAGUUAACUGUUUUCUUCUUCUAGGAUGAUACCUAUAAGAAUGCUUCAGUUAUUGGUCUCCUGGAUAUCUAUGGUUUUGAAGUCUUCCAGCACAACAGGUACCAGAGGAAUAUACAGUGGGGAAAAAAGUAUUUAGUCAUCCACCAAUUGUGCAACUUCUCCCACUUAAAAAGAUGAGAGAGGCCUGUCAUUUUCAUCAUAGGUACACGUCAACUAUGACAGACAAAUUGAGAAUUUUUUUCUCCAGAAAAUCACAUUUUAGGAUUUUUAAUGAAUUUAUUUGCAAAUUAUGGUGGAAAAUAAGUAUUUGGUCACCUACAAACAAGCAAGAUUUCUGGCUCUCACAGACCUGUAACUUCUUCUUUAAGAGGCUCCUCUGUCCUCCACUCGUUACCUGUAUCAAUGGCACCUGUUUGAACUUGUUAUCAGUAUAAAAGACACCUGUCCACAACCUCAAACAGUCACACUCCAAACUCCACUAUGGCCAAGACCAAAGAGCUGUCAAAGGACACCAGAAACAAAAUUGUAGACCUGCACCAGGCUGGGAAGACUGAAUCUGCAAUAGGUAAGCAGCUUGGUUUGAAGAAAUCAACUGUGGGAGCAAUUAUUAGGAAAUGGAAGACAUACAAGACCACUGAUAAUCUCCCUCGAUCUGGGGCUCCACGCAAGAUCUCACCCCGUGGGGUCAAAAUGAUCACAAGAACGGUGAGCAAAAAUCCCAGAACCACACGGGGGGACCUAGUGAAUGACCUGCAGAGAGCUGGGACCAAAGUAACACACUACGCUGCCAGGGACUCAAAUCCUGCAGUGAAAGACGUGUCCCCCUGCUUAAGCCAGUACAUGUCCAGGCCCGUCUGAAGUUUGCUAGAGUGCAUUUGGAUGAUCCAGAAGAGGAUUGGGAGAAUGUCAUAUGGUCAGAUGAAGCCAAAAUAUAACUUUUUGGUAAAAACUCAACUCGUCGUGUUUGGAGGACAAAUCAUGCUGAGUUGCAUCCAAAGAACACCAUACCUACUGUGAAGCAUGGGGGUGGAAACAUCAUGCUUUGGGGCUGUUUUUCUGCAAAGGGACCAGGACAACUGAUCCGUGUAAAGGAAAGAAUGAAUGGGGCCAUGUAUCGUGAGAUUUUGAGUGAAAACCUCCUUCCAUCAGCAAGGGCAUUGAAGAUGAAACGUGGCUGGGUCUUUCAGCAUGACAAUGAUCCCAAACACACCGCCCGGGCAACGAAGGAGUGGCUUCGUAAGAAGCAUUUCAAGGUCCUGGAGUGGCCUAGCCAGUCUCCAGAUCUCAACCCCAUAGAAAAUCUUUGGAGGGAGUUGAAAGUCUGUGUUGCCUAGCGACAACCCCAAAACAUCACUGCUCUAGAGGUGAUCUGCAUGGAGGAAUGGGCCAAAAUAGCAGCAACAGUGUGUGAAAACCUUGUGAAGACUUACAGAAAACGUUUGACCUGUAUCAUUGCCAACAAAGGGUAUAUAACAAAGUAUUGAGAAACUUUUGUUAUUGACCAAAUACUUAUUUUCCACCAUAAUUUUCUAAUAAAUUAAUGAAAAAUCCUACAACGUGAUUUCCUGGAUAUUUUUUUCUCAAUUUGUCUGUCAUAGUUGACGUGUACCUAUGAUGAAAAUUACAGGCCUCUCUCAUCUUUUUAAGUGGGAGAACUUGCACAAUUGGUGGCUGACUAAAUAAUUUUUUUCCCCACUGUAGAACUCAUUUCCCCAUAAUCCUUUGUUGUUGACAGCGUUGACCAUUUACUGUCAUUACGAUUCAGUGUAUAUUAAUGUCAAGUUUGCGUUGAAUAUCAUUGCCACGUGAAAAGAUCAUCUGUAAUCAUUGGUGUGUGUGUGUUUCAGUUUUGAGCAGUUCUGCAUUAACUACUGUAACGAGAAGCUGCAGCAGCUCUUCAUCGAGCUCACCCUCAAGUCUGAGCAGGAUGAGUACGAAGCAGAGGGAAUCACGGUGAGACUCUCUCUUUGUUUUAUCGCUCUAUCUUCUCCUCCUUCAUCCUCUCUUCUCUCUGCCUCCCCUCUCAGCCCUCCGCCUCUACUGCUCUCCUCCAUCUCUCUCUGUUCCAACUUCUCCAUCUUUUCAUUCUCCUUCUCUCUCCUCUUCCACCUCUACCUCUCUUCUCUGUCUCGUCCUGUCCUUCUCGCCAUCGGCUCUGUAUGACUGUCUACACUAUGAUUCAGGGCCCAUAUUGGCAAGGAAUCUCAGAAGAGGAGUGCUGCUGAUCUAGGAUCGGUUUAGGCUUUUAGAUCAUAAUGACUGAGAUUAUAUGAAAAGGGGGGGAACCUGAUCAUACAUCAGCACUCUUACUCUGAGACGCUUUGUGAAUACGAGCCCAUGAGGGAGCUGAGUGCAGAGGGCCGUGGGAGAGAGAUUCAUGUCCAGUUAGUCACCCGUCAAAGGGGACAUUAUUGUACAACAUGUGUAACGUGGGCUGUGUUCUGUGGUGUUUGUGAUAACAAUGUGGUGGUAAACCCAUUAAUAAUGUGGCGGUAAACUGUGUGUGUGUGUGUGUGUGUGUGUGUGGGAUCAUGUGUGUGCGACAGCAAACGGCCAUGAAGGUUUGAGUAUGACCGUAUGCAUAGUGUGGGUUCAGAAUGGCCUUCUUGUCCCGGAUUCUCAGCAUUCUGUAAAUGUUUUGUUUUACAACCGUUAAAAUGUAGAACAGUUGUUCCGUUUUCUAAACAAGCGAUUUAAAGAUGCAGUUAUGUUCCUUGCUGUCUCGCAGUGGGAGCCUGUGCAGUAUUUCAACAACAAGAUCAUCUGUGAUCUGGUGGAGGAGAAGUUCAAAGGCAUCAUCUCCAUUCUGGUGAGAAUCCGUUUCAAGCUUUAAUGUAACCCUGAGCUUUUCAAGUUGACCUUUCACCUUUCUCUCUCCUCUUGGCCCCUCUGCAUCUGGUAUAUCCUACUGUCACAGUCAACUGUCGAUCUAAUGUAUUAAUCUCUCUCUCUUUCAUUCUUUCUCUCUGUCAGGAUGAGGAGUGCCUGAGGCCAGGUGACGCUAGUGACAUCACCUUCCUGGAGAAGUUGGAGAAUACUGUGGGAGGCCACGCCCACUUGACAACGUGUGUCUAUGCACAUACAAACACACACACACACACCUCCCUCUGCUAACAGAGCAAUAGGAGUUGUCGUGAGAGCUGGCUGUCAGCCCAGUGAACACGGUUGACUUUGUCAGGACACAGAAGCACAUAGACUACAUGAAUCAACAAAGUUGUAAUGCUUUGUCUGCAGUAGUGCAUAACUAUUAAAAACAAAUAUCUAUUGGGAACAAAAUGCAUAAUAAUAAUAAUAAUAAUAAUAAUAAUAAUAUAAUAUGCCAUUUAGCAGACGCUUUUAUCCAAAGCGACUUAGUUAUGUGUGCAUACAUUUUUACGCAUGGGUGGUCCCGGGGAUCGAACCCACUACCCUGGCGUUACAACCGCCAUGCUCUACCAAUUGAGCUACAGAGGAGUUAAAGGAAAACUCCACCCAAAAACUAUCUUUUGGUAUUUGUUUCAUAGUCCCAAAAUGUUUUGCUUGUCAGCAAUCAAGUUUUGAAGAUGUGUAACUUUCAAAUUACAGAAAGAAAAUACAAAAUGCAUCAUACAGGGAUGAUUUCUCUAUUUUGAAUGUUACAUAUCUUGAAAACUUGAUUCCUGACAAGCAAAACAUUUUGGGACUAUGUCAACAAUGGACUAAUAGUUUUGUGGGUGGAGUUUUCCUUUUAAGCUGUACACAACAGAAAAUAUGUAAACAUAUGUAGUGUUCAUUAGGUACCAAAUGGAAGAACGUGUUUAAUAAGAAAUGCUUGUUUUCGUUUUCCAUUGCAAAAUGUUUUGCUACGGUGUACCCUAAUGAAUAGUAACUUAUUGUUUGUGUGUUCCUCGUAGUCACAAGCUGGCCGAUGGAAAGACCCGGAAGGUGAUGGGCCGAGAGGAGUUCAGACUGCUACACUACGCUGGAGAUGUCAACUACAACGUUAACGGUGUGUGUGUGUGUGUGUGUGUGUGUGUGUGUGUGUAACAGCAUGGUCAAUUGUUAGGGGGAAGCGAGAGUGAGAUAACCAGAGGGAGAGAAAGGAUGUUCUGUGCUUCGGUCAUUAAGUUUGUCCUUAGAUGUUCCUGUACUUCUUGUAGUUGUCUGUUUUACUGUGUGUGUAAUAAUUUUUUGCCCCAACCAUAUUUGGAGUGCAUGUGCUCUAACACUCUCUCUUCCCCCUCCAGGCUUUCUGGACAAGAACAAUGAUCUCCUCUUCAGGAACUUAAAAGAGGUGUGUGUGUGUGUGUGUGUGAGAGAGAGAGUGUUCAGGACAAAGGGGAAAUGAUUUAGAUAGGAGAUGGAUGAUAUGAUAGGAAAAUAGAUUAGACUCUCAAAGUGUAUGUAGUGUCACUGUGGUAGACUGUCUUUGUCUCUCUCUGUGUGUAUGUGAAGAGCAGUGUGGUAGUUCUAGUUAUAGUGAGUUGUACUCAUUCUGUGUGUGUUGUCCAUCCAUAGGUCAUGUGUAUGUCUGAGAAUAAGAUUCUGACCCAGUGCUUUGACCGGGCGGAGCUGAAGGACAGCAAGAGACCUGAGACGGUGAGAACAGCCAGUAGUACCAUUCAGAGGGCAAAGGUCAUAGAUACACCCAAUGGGCAUGCACCAAUACAUACAUGCAAUGUACCCCAAAGCAUACACUGAUACACAAUCACAGACCCAUGUCCUGUCUCAUACACACUUACAAACAACCACUUGUUUAUGUUCUGUGGAUCUUCCUCCAUCCACACUGAAGCCGUGGGGUAGAGUGAGUGACAGGGGAAUCUCUGCUCCCCGCUCACACACUCAGGAAUGCCCUGACACUUGGCCCAUUGGUCGAGGGUGCGUGGGUCGCUGGUGUCGAGUCCGUUGACUGUUUGUUUGCAUUGUUGACGAGACGCAUUCUCUCUCUCCGUCCCUGCCCCCAACUCUGUCACUGCCUGGGCGGUGUGACCUGCACACUGGGACCUGUGUCCUGUCCAGCCUCAGUCCUCAGUCGGGCCAGCAGCUGUCCUCUAUGCUUCUCUCCUCUCUCCUCCUCUACAUCUCUCGCUCGGUGCUCACUCUUUCUUCUUCCUUUCUGUCUCUGCCUCCAGGCAGCGACCCAGUUCAAGACCAGCCUGGCGAAGUUAAUGGAGAUCCUGAUGUCCAAGGAGCCGUCGUACGUGCGCUGCAUCAAGCCCAACGAUGCCAAGCAAGCAGGUAGGAAGGAACCGAUGCCUUGUUCGUGCUGUCAACAGGGUCGUAUUCAUUGGGGCACACCGGAGCAAAAUGUUUCCAAACAUUGUUCAACGGAAAACAAAAUGUACUUUUUUGAUUGGUCGUGGUAGUCCCGCCCUGUUUCAGUACCUUUGCUUCCAUUUGGUGCCUAAUGAAUACAGUGUUUCCCCUAUAUGCAUUUAGCAGUGGCGCACCGCUGCUGCUAAAUCGUGGCUGCCACUGCAGAAAUAUAUAUUUAUUUAUUUUUCGGGAUGGUAAACUUAAACAACUAAAACCAGAUAUAAAGUAUGUCGAAAAUAUAAUGGAGCAAUAUCUUUUUAAAUAAGAUAAUCUCUGAGAACUAACAAUCACCAAAAUAAAAACUAGACAGUCAGGGAGAAUCAAUAUAUUAUUUAAAUGGCAUGGCGUGGGGCCCCCAUUGAUUUUGUUAUGGUUAAGUAAUUCAGAUAGCAUAAGAACUGUCUUGUAUCUACGGUUCUUAAAUCUGACCUUGCGUUUUGAUUGUUUUCAGUAACAUCAAUGGUAGCACUGUACUUCACACUGCGGUUCUUAGUAUAUCGAGCUGCCCUUUGUCAAUAGAGGGCCUUUUGUCUUUCCUACUGUUGCUCUUUCUCUUCUCACUCCUAGUCUCCUUAUUGUCCAUUGUCUGCUUUUCUGGGACUAAGUCGGAUCAAUAGUGUUUUAAUUGCAUAAGCAUCACGCGUUACUGCUCCAGUAUGCUAACAACUGUAACAACAAACCAUUCAACAGAAACAAAAAUUGAAAAUGUAAAUAACAAUGUAUUGCAAUCUGAUCAGUUAGGUACUACUGUAACUCAGGCUAAUGUGGUUUCUCUCUCUCUCCCACCUCUCUCUCAGGACGGUUCGACGAGGUUCUCAUCAGGCAUCAGGUGAAGUACCUGGGUCUGAUGGAGAACCUCCGUGUGAGGAGAGCUGGCUUUGCCUACCGCCGCCACUAUGAGACCUUCCUCCAGAGGUGACUAUGGCUCUGAGCUAGACCUGCCUGGCUCUGAGCUAGACCUGCCUGGCUCAGAACUAGUCCUGCCUGGCUAAGAGCUAGACCUGCCUGGCUCUGAGCUAGACCUGCCUGGCUCAGAACUAGUCCUGCCUGGCUCAGAGCUAGACCUGCCUGGCUCUGAGCUAGACCUGCCUGGCUCAGAACUAGUCCUGCCUGGCUAAGAGCUAGACCUGCCUGGCACAGAGCUAGACCUGCCUGGCUCAGAGCUAGACCUGCCUGGCUCUGAACUAGACCUGCCUCCAUCAGGCUUAAAUGUAGUUCACUGGCAUUAUAGGUUUAUUCAAUGGCAGAUUCAUGAAUUCUGUUAGCAAAUUAAUACACUUGCAAGUGAUUGACUAAUCUCCACAACUAUUCAAAGUUAGUGAUAUAACCUAAAUUGAAUAUUUUGCAUAUAAUAUACCAGUGUGUGUGUAUAUUGUUUUGUCCGUCCCUGGCAGGUAUAAGUCCCUGUGCCCGGAGACCUGGCCUAGCUGGCAGGGCAAGCUGGCUGAUGGAGUCUCCACACUGGUCAAACACCUCGGCUACAAACCUGAGGAGUACAAACUGGGCAGGUGAGAGCAUUAUCCAGUGAAAACAGUCAUGGCGGUACACACACACACACACACACACACACGUGCUAAUUCUAGUGACAUACAUGUAUCUCCCAUUUGUUUAUCUACAUCCUAUCUCCCUAACGAGUUCAGUGCCCACUUACUGUUGAGCUAAUCCCAUAACUCUGUCUUCUCUCUGGGAAAGGCCAAAGUCAAUUAUCUCGUCAGGGCUGAACACGCCCCUGUGUGUUGUAUAAAGGCACACUGCCAGCUUAGUGGAACUCUGUUUGCUUUCCAGAUCCAAAAUCUUCAUCCGUUUUCCAAAGACCCUGUUCGCCACAGAGGACGCACUAGAAACGAGGAAACACAGCCUUGGUGAGAGAGAGAGAGUCAUGUAUCACACGGUCUAAGUUGACGCCCAUCACCUUCUGUUUGUCUGGACUGUAAUCUCUCAUCUAAGAUACAGUAAGUAGAAUAUCUGAACCCUCUGAACAUCUUUGUCUCUCUCUCUUCAGCCAGCAAACUGCAGUCAUCCUGGAAGGGCUACCGCCAGAAGACCAAAUACCGCAAACUCAGAUCAUCAGGUAGGAGGGCUACUCUUAACUUCUACGUCUAUAGGCCUAUGUGUCAGCAAGCAUUGACAUAGCUCCUCUAUACUCACUGUGCAUGUCUAUUUGAUUACUCUUGUCUUGUUCAGUUGGAUGUUGUAUUAAGUGUCUCAGAGUAGGAGUGCUGACUUCGGAUCAGUUUUUAUCACAAUGAAUAAGAUUGCAUGGACUGAAGGGACCUGAUCCUAGAUCAGCACUGCUACUCUGAGACGCUUGAUACAUAUGAGCCCAGGUCUUGAUUCUCUCGUCACUGGAUCUCAAUGAACUUGGUUAAAUAAUAAGUACAUUCAUUAAUUGUGUGUCCCUCUCCAGCGGUGGUGGUCCAGGCGUGGUGGAGGGGCAUCCUGGCCUGUAGGAGGGCACAGCGCAGGAGGCAGGCCGCCAACACCAUACGCAGGUGGGGCUCUACUGGGCACAAGUUUUAUUUAACUAGGAUGGUGAAAAGGUUCAUUCAUAUUUAUUAGCUUGCCCUAUUGUGACACUGCUCUUGGCUCAAUGGGCUCCCUUGGGUGAGUUCUACUCAUAUGGCGAAACAUGGAAAGCAUUUACCCAGACAAAAUCCACACAUGUUUUGGACCACUAUGAUAUUUGCUGUUGUGUGUAUGUAUAGAAGUUCUUAUCAAUUUGUUGAUGAAUGUGUGCAGGAAUGUUUACAAUGCUCUCUGUCUGUCUGUCUCGCUCUCUGUCUGUCUGUCUCGCUCUCGGUCUGUCUGUCUGUCUCGCUCUCUCGCUGUCUCGCUGUCUGUCUGUCUCGCUCUCUGUCUGUCUCGCUCUCUGUCUGUCUCGCUCUCUGUCUGUCUCGCUCUCUGUCUGUUUCGCUCUCUGUCUGUUUCGCUCUCUGUCUGUCUCGCUCUCUGUCUGUCUCGCUCUCUGUCUGUCUGUCUGUCUCGCUCUCUGUCUGUCUCUCAGGUUCAUCAAGGGCUUCAUCUACCGCCAUAAUGAGCGUUGUCCUGAGAAUGAGUAUUUCCUGGACUAUGUGCGAUACUCCUUCCUGAUGAAGCUGCGCAGGAACCUCCCCAAGUCAGUCCUGGACAAGAGCUGGCCCACGCCCCCGACUGCCCUCAUCGAGGUAAAACUACUUUACACAAGACACGGAACUAGUCAGUAAACAUGUCUAAUGUGUAUUCAUGUGAUAUUUGAGUGACUCAAAUAUUACAACAAAAUCUAUGGGCUAAAAACCUAGCAAAAAACAUUAGCUGACAUGGGCUAGUUGAUCUGGACAUUUCUUAUAAGUUAUAAAUAGCUCUCUAAUGUAUGCACUGACUGACAUGACGAGGAAAACUGAUGAUGCACUACUCAAUUUCGAAAUUGCACCUUGUGCAUUCUACUAUUACAAGUUGAAAGCCGGACUGACUUCCUGUAAAAAAAUAAAUAGAAGUGUGUGUAUAUAUAUAUAUAUAUAUAUAUAUAUAUAUAUAUAUAUAUAUAUAUAUAUAUAUAUAUAUAUAUAUAUAUAUAUAUAUAUAUGUAUAUAUAUAUAUAUAUAUGUAUAUAUAUAUGUAUAUGUGUGUGUGUGUGUGUAUAUAUACACAUAUAUGUAUGUGUGUGUGUGUAUAUAUGUAUGUGUGUAUGUGUAUGUGUAUGUGUGUGUGUGUGUGUGUAUUGUAUGGUGUAGCGUUAAGAUUUCCCUUCACUGGAAUUAACGGACCUAGCCCAUGAAAAACAGCCCCAGACCAUUAUUCCUCCUCCACCAAACUUUACAGUUGGCACGAUGCAUUGGGGCAGGAAGCGUUCUCCUGGCAUCCGCCAAACCCAGAUUUGUCCGUUGGACUGCCAGAUGGUGAAGCGUGAUUCAUCACUCCAGAGAACGCGUUUCCAUUGCUCCAGAGUCCAAUGGCCGCAAGCUUUACACCACUCCAGCCGACGCUUGGCAUUGCGCACGGUGAUCUUAGGCUUGUGUGCGGCUGCUCGGCCAUGGAAACUCAUUUUAUGAUGCUCCCGACGAACAGUUCUUGUGCUGACGUUGCUUCCAGUGGCAGUUUGGAACUCGGUAGUGAGUGUUGCAACCGAGGACAGACGAUUUUUACGCGCUACGUGCUUCAGCAUUCGUCGGUCCCGUUCUGUGAGCUUAUGUGGACUACCACUUCGCGGCUGAGCCAUUGUUGCUCCCAUACAUUUCCAUUUUACAAUAACAGCACUUACAGUUGACCGGGGCAGCUCUAGCAGGGCAGAAAUUUGACGAAUUUACUUGUUGGAAAGGUGGCACGUUGAAAGUCACUGAGCUCUUCAGUAAGGCCAAUCCACUGCCAAUGUUUGUCUAUGGAGAUUGCAUGGCGGUGUGCUCGAUUUUAUACCCCUGUCAGCAACGGGUGUGGCUGAAAUAGCCGAAUCCACUAAUUUGAAGAGGUGUCCCCCCCCGCCGACCCCUCGCGCCCCCCAUUUUGGAACCACUGAUGUAGGCUACAUUGAAAUAAUUUUGUCUAAAUUGAGGCAUUUUUCUUGAUGACAUGUCUGAGUUGUUAAAAUAGUACGUGACAAGUCAUUCUCCGUCCAAUAGGCUUCAGAACAGCUACGUAAACUGUACAUGCAGAACAUGGUGUGGGGCUACUGCAAGAGGAUCAACCCAGAAUGGAAACACCAGGUAUAUAGCAUACAAUAUUAUAGCAUAUUAUAGAAUAUGAUUUGUUAGUAUAGUAGUACAUUUUGAUAUCUUACAAAUGGAUGUGUAUUACAUCUCAGAACUUCAAAAACUGUCAAUGUGGAGUGGUCUCCUGCUACUUCACCAAUGUAACUUUUCUCAAAACUGUUUGUCCAUUCUCUGUCUGUCAAUGAAGUUGGAGCAGAAAAUGGUGGCCAGUGAGAUCUUCAAAAACAAGAAGGACAACUACCCCCAAAGUGUCCCAAAGCUCUUUCUGGGCACAAGACUCAGUAUGUGCCUUGAUAAACACAGACACACACACACGCAUGCAUGCACUCACGUGCACACACAAAUACACACACACCUAACACUCUUCCUGUGCCUCUCUCUCCUCAGAUGGAGAGGAGAUUAACCCCAAGGUGUUGCAGUCACUUGGCAGUGAGAAGAUGAAGGUUAGUACAGUACUAGUGUGUUAAUAUGGUCAUUCAAUUCUCUACUUGGGAUUUACGUAGGGUUGCAUACUUGUCUUAAUAUACUCAAUACAGUAUAUUAAAGUGUUAUUGAUUCUUAACUCUGAUCAUGUCUGUGGCAUGGCUGGUCUAGCCUAACGGUUAGUGUCGCUGCCUACAGCUCCAAUGACACACCCUCUGUCUAUCUUUCCCACGAUCUCUCCUCUGUCCAAUAAAAUACAAAAUCCUUUUAAAAAUGUAUAUUUAAAACGCUAACAAUGUCCCCCUCCCACUCCUCAGUAUGCAGUCCCAGUGACCAAGUACGACAGGAAGGGCUACAAGGCGCGACCAAGGCAGCUGCUGCUCACCUCCAACAGUGCCGUCAUCGUGGAGGAGGCUAAGCUCAAGCAGCGCAUCGACUACGCUGCCCUCAAAGGUCAGCGGUCACAUGGUUCGGGGGAGAGGAUGGAUUGGGGUCAAUGCCAUUUCUGUUUACUUCCUAAAUUGACUGAAUUGAAAUGGGAAUUGACCCCCGCCCUCGGUUACUGUUGUCUGGGGUCCUUACAGACGCCACGCUGAAUUGGUCUGAGUGAUGCUCAUAGUUCUCCCAUUGACCAUUUCUCUCCCCUGUCUCUCCGUCCUCAGGUAUCUCAGUCAGCUCUCUCAGUGAUGGCGUCUUUGUACUACACGUGCCCACUGAAGACAAAAAACAAAAGGUGAGGCAGAGCAGUCGACCUCCGCUCUAUCUUACACGGUCAUAACAUGGUCAUAACCCCAUUACACACAGGUUAUUACAUACUUAACCGAUGCCUCUGUUAGGUGUAGUAGUGAAGUAGCCUGAUCCCAGAUCUGUUUGUGCUGGCUUGCCAACACCUAUUGUCAUUGUCACGCCAAACACAAACAGAUCUGGGAGUGGCUAGUAGUGAAGCUGUAGCGUUGUAACUCCUCUCCUGUCUCCUCUGGUCUGUAGGGAGAUGUGGUGCUUCAGAGUGACCACAUCAUCGAGACCCUGACCAAAGUGGCCAUUUGUGCUGACAAGGUCAACAGCAUCAACAUCAACCAGGGAAGGUGAGUUGUUGCACUGUCACAGGCCGUGGUCGGAUAGUCGAUGGAUGGCAUGUCAUUCUGUCUGUGGUAUUGCUCUCACUUUAUUUGGAUAGUCCAUCUGUAGAUACUGAUACCUGGAACUAGAUAAGCCAUAUACUGUGUUUAUCAGCGGCAUGUCAGUUUUCAUAGAAAAAGAGCUGUACGUUUCUAACAUAUACUGUUCAGAUUCAACCCUCAGACAUCCUUUACAAAUGAAGGAUUUGUGUUUAGUGAGUCCGCCAGAUCAGAGGCAGUAGGGAUGACCAGGGAUGUUCUCUUGAUAAGUGCGUGAAUUUGACUAUUUUCCUAUCCUGCUAAGCAUUCAAAAUAUAACGAGUACUUUUGGGUGUCAUGGAAAAUGUAUGCAGUAAAAAGUACAUUAUUUUAUUUAGGAAUGUAGUGGAGUAAAAGUUGUCAAAAAUAUAAAUAGUCAGGUAAAGUACAGAUACCCCAAAAAACGACUUAAGUAAGAAUACUUGAAAGUACUACUUAAGUACUUUACACCACUGCACACCAGUGCAUCAAGUGACGUUAGGGGGUUAAAUUGCUUACAUGGAAUUCUACCACCAGCUGACAGGACUUGAAUUCAUAGACACCAGCGAUACAUCACCAUCUGAUUUAAUUUAAUUUGAUAGAAAACAAUUAUCUUUUGACUGUAAAUGAACUGCACCUCAUCUCUUCCUUCUCCAUCUCUCUUUCUCUCUCUCUCCCAGUAUAACUUUCACAGUGGGCCAAGGUAAAGAAGGGAUCAUAGACUUCACGUCUGGCUCUGAGCUGCUGGUUGCCAAGGCGAAGAAUGGCCACCUCUCAGUGGUGAGUCGGAAUAACGGGAGGAUGUAAACCAUCAGUCCUCCACUACAGGACUAAUACAGUAGGUUGGAACAUCAAUACUGCAUGAUUGGAGUCAGAGUUGAUUUGAUUAUUGGAGUCCUGCACUAGUGUCUAUAAAAGCUAACUGUACUGUACUUUUUAAGCUGAUUUGUUUUGUUAAUGUCCCCUGUAAAACUGUACAUUGAUUUUCAUUGUAGGGGUAUCUCAGGUAGAGACCAUUUUGUUCUGCAUGUUUACAUUGUAAAGAUAACUUUAAUCAAUCGUUGAUUGAUUGGUUAAGAUAACUUAUUUUGUAAUGGUUACCUCUGAUGUCUUCCCUGAACUGUUUCAGACUGCCCCUCGACUGAACUCAAGAUGAUAGACAUGACUGAUCAUCUGACCACGCCAAGGAAGUACUUCAUGGAAUACGCUCCUAUUCACCAAUCACAACCGCAGACCAUUCUCUGCCUAAGCCAAUCAAAUGCCAGCUCUCGCUACAGGAAUGGCAUGUGCUUCCAAUUAAGAAAAAGUCCAGCGAUUAAUUAAUUGAUAUUUAUAUAUUUUGGGGAUUAAUACUUGUUGUUAUUUGAAUAUUACGAUUUUAUAUAUGAAGCCAAGGAAUAACAAUGUUUUGGUGCAUUUUUCCUGCACUACUUAUGUUUGUCUUGCUUAAUUUGGGAACAUGACCAAGCAGUCAAUGAGGUUGUAAUGGGUCUUCUUUGCUUUUUCUUUCCGUCAUUCUUUUUUCACAAUAUUUUCUCUGUUCAGCAAUUUAGACUUUGCACCCUCUCUGAUACUACUCUUUAACUGUUUGGGACAGAAGCUUUUGUUAAAGUGGAGAUGCAGUACAUGGCUGAUGGUAUGUAGGCUAGGUUUGUUAUAAACUAAUGAGGAGCAGGGAGUUUGAGAGAGAAGUUCAUAAGGAAGAAUUAUGUUUUCAAACUUGUGUUGACUAGGACACAAUACUCUGAGGUUUUUGAUCCGAAGGGAUAUCAACAGAGAAGUCAUGUGGGUGUGUGACCUUUGACCCAGAGCAUACUGGCCAGAAUGUAGAGUACAUUUGGUCUGUGCAGUGCCAUCGAUCACUAAAUCAUUCUUUGAUGUAUAUAUCAUGGAGCCCAAAUGAAAGCGUAAACCAAAGCAUUUUGGUGAGCAGAAAUUAUUUAUAAUUGAUUUAUAAUGGAAACACCAUAGUGAAUGGUCUUAACAAAAUAUAUAUAUAUAUAUAACAGAGAUAAAGGAAAAAGGAGGUGAGGAAGAAAUGAGGAAAAAGGCAAGAGAAAGAAAAUGGCGGGGGAAAGAAUAGAAAACUGUUUUGUCUUUGCAUUUAUCUCUUGUUUGAACCCAGCAAUUGUGCCUUUCUCCUUUACUAAGUUAUUAUUAAUGGAUUAUUUAUAUGUUGAUACACCAAUUAAACAAUGACACGUUGGGGAUGACAUUGAGUCCACUGUUGUUAGAGCCAGAUAUGUCUUGUGUACCCUCAGGAUGGCCUAGAAGAAGACGAUUCAGAGAGAAAGACAAAUGCAUACUGUACACACACAUAUUUCACUCCAAGUUAAACCUGUAGAGUUGACGCUUUUGGGAAACAUGCUAUGAUCCAUUUGCUUUCCUUUGUGUCAAGUUUCCAGGCUGUCAUUUUCUCUGGAUAUGUGUAGCAGCUCUUGUCAGGCUAUAGUAGUAGUCAGAACAAGGUUCACUACUUCUUUUACCACAUUUAACAUUACUUUCCUGAUGAGGAUUUUUGUGCUAGCUUUGUGACAGGGACAAUGGUAUAGACAAAUGCACUAAAGAUUGAUAUAUAAUCUAUCCACAGUGUUAGGCUAUAAUACAGCCAAAAUUAUACUGGUGUAUCUACAACAUACAGCCCAGCCCUCUCAACAUGCUAUAAUUUUUUUUAUUGGCACUUCCAAACCCAGGUCUUCAAGAGAGAUGCACUGCAUUAAAGUGCAGUUAAUGCAGCCAAGUCUUUUCCUGGUGUUUAAUACCUACAUCAUAGGACAUACACAUAGCCAAAAGUGUUCUUCACAGAAAGAACAUGGAUCAACGGUAACAUCCUUAGGAACACUUAGCAAUCUUUGUAACAAGCUAGAGGUGUAUUGGUAUGACCCACGUGACACUACAGUUCAUAGAUUUUAGUUUUAAUCUACACACCUCUCCCCAGCUGACUUUCUGAGCUACGUUUCACUCUUCACAUUUCUGCGCUACUUCUUCUUUGCUUUCCUCCCUCUACGACCCAGCCUCUGAACAGUAUACAGCUGACAACCCAAUGAAUGAACGGUAAGACAGGUGCAAUAUGCCUAAAUAAAGGUGUGCUACUGCACUGACACUAGCUAAAGAAGCAAUAGUGGAUGUAAUGUCUGUUAAUUGUCUGUUGUAUGAUUAUAUGUCAAUUAAAGCAUUUUUUUUUUUCCUGGUGGGAGAUGUGUGUUUGGUUAGCCUGGUCCCAGAUCGGUUUGUGCUGUCAUGCUAAUGCCAGACAGCACCAACAGAUCUGGGACCAGACUAUUGUGUUCUGUGCUCUAAGAAGAGAUUUGAGCCAAGUGAGGAUUUGUGAAAGUGUAACAUGCAUUUUGUCUUGUUCAAAAACUGUAUGUUGCUAAUGUGCCUUGAGUUUGUAAGAAAUACAACCAAUUUUGUAUGGAAUUCAGUGACAAAUACCUCCUUGACGAUGUCACUUAUUCCAGAGUAAAAAAAAAUAUAUAUAUACCAAAAAAUCUGAUUAUUCCUUUAAAAUGUCAUAGAACCUUCUCUGUAAAGCCUGUCUCAAACCAAAUCCUAUGUUUAAUAAUUUACAAUACACAUGUUAUCAGUCCUGAGUUACCGUAUGCACCAUCAUGUAGAAUUAGACCAACACACUAAAGAUUAAAUACUAAAAUGUCAAAAUAAACUUAAAUGAUUCUGUCUGGGUCCUUCAUUACAAACUUCC